AUGGCUUCAUAUCUUGGUUUAAAGAGUUUGGGGAUUUUUGUUCUUGCUCUAGCCUUCGGCAUUCAAGCCGCACAAGGAAAAAUAUCUUGCGAGAAUUUGAACAAAGAUUCGUGUGCCUUCGCAAUAUCAUCUUCCGGCAAGCGCUGCGUGCUGGAGAAGCACGUAUGCAGAACCGGUUAUGAAAAAUAUUCGUGCCGAAUGUCAGAAAUUGAGGCCGAAAACCUCAAGGACUGGAUUGAAACUGACAAGUGUAUUAAGGCCUGCGGCUUGGAUAGAAAUGUGCUGGGAAUUUCGUCAGACUCUCUUUUGGACUCUCAUUUUACCCAAAAACUAUGCUCAACACGAUGCUACGGUGGCUGCCCCAACAUUGUUGAUCUCUACUUCAAUCUUGCUGCUGGGGAAGGUGUAUACCUUCCCAAAUUAUGCGAUGCAAAAAGAGCAAAUUCACGUCGAGAAAUGAGUGAAAUCAAGAGCUCUGGAUACGUAGCACCUGGCCCUGAAUCAGGAUUCAAGCCUGGAAAUUUCAUGGUUGCCCCAGCAAUGGCUCCUUAUUGA